AUGGAGAGUUUCACCCAAGUCCAGGAUGCAUAUUCGAAUGAAAGCAAGAGCAAGAUCCCAAUUGUCCAGAGUACGGAACAGUGCGCCGACGAAGGCGGCCAUGGCAAUCGCCGGCCCAGUCGACGGUUCCCAAGAGUCGACCCGUGGGAAACCCUGGUGGAGAAGCUGUGGCUGUUUGAAAUCAUUGCAUUGGCCGUCAGCCUGGUUGCUUUACUCGCCAUCGUGACUAUCCUCCGGGUCACCGAGGGCAGGAGAGUGCCGACAUGGCAGAUCAAGCCCAAACACACCAAACCGCUGACUGUGACCAUCAACUCGGUCGUCUCCAUCUUUUCCACCAUCGUCAAGUCGACGGUCUUGAUACCGGUCAUUGCCGCCCUGGGCGAACUCAAAUGGAUAUGGUUCCGGCAGGAUCAUCGCCUCACCGACUUCCAGGUGUUUGACAGCGCCGCCAAAGGGCCUCUAGGGGCAGCGCUCAUGCUCUGGACAUUCCGCGGAAGGAAUCUCGCCUGUCUAGGGGCCAUGAUCGUCAUCGGCUCUCUGACCCUUGACUUCGCCUUUCAGCAAUUGAUCACCUUCCCACUCAAACCGGUAGGGGUUGGUCAGGCAACCAUUGCCCGAACAAACGAAUACAGCGCUUUCCGUCCAGGCUAUAUCACCGGCCUGAAGCUGCCCGAAAUCCCUAUGGUUGCGGCGGUGUUUAAAGGCAUGUAUGGCGACAACACGACGUGUCCUGUCACACCAGGCUGUACCACCGGAAACUGCACCUGGACAGAGCAAUAUACUUCUCUCGGAGUAUGCUCCAAAUGCUACAGCACUACCAACCUGAUCCAGAAGCAGUGUGGAACGUACAAUAUGACCGAGGUGGACGAGAAUGGGGACCUGACAGUGGUUGGAGAUCCGGUGCCUUACUGCAACUACACCCUACCAUCCGGCCAGAGUAUUGCCGGCAUAAUUGGUCUUGAGUCAGACUCGCUGCCGGUUGUGGAUGUUGGCAUCAAUCCUGCUUCGGGCGACACGUAUUUCGGCAGCACCCUCACUGCACACCUCGCCACGAUAUCAGUGAUGCGUGCUUCGUGGGAACAGGGAGCCAACGGGUUUGCGCCAGUCGACGUCAAUGCCACCGAAUGUGGCCUGGACCUCUGUGUCAUCAAAUACAAAGGGAAUCAGCAGAAGUCCGUCUUCACCGAACAGGUGGUGGACACUUUCAUCAACACCACGGAUCACAGUCCGUUCUCGACCCCGGAGGGCGGCAGUACCAUGCCUGCCGUCAUCCAACCACCCGCGUCGUGGACGAAUCAUUCCUCGGCGAACGCGAGCAACAUCUACUACGUCGACCCUUUCACCAUUCAAGCGCUCCAGUUUGAAUUCUCCCAGACCGAAUCACCGCUCUGGGGAGGGCAGUACAAUGACAGUUUUGGCUCCUCGGCGUCUCCAAGCAACGACUUUGUUUCAUACGUGCGCUUCAUGGGCGAUGGAGGCAUGGAGACCAUGAUGCAAAGCCUUGCCACGUGCAUGACCCAACGGAUGCGUCGCGCUCCGGGAGCCGGCACGAACCUACAGGGCCCAGGCACCAUUGCCCUGGGAGAAGCGAACCAAGACAUGCCUCACGUCCACGUUCGCUGGGGGUGGCUUGCUCUUCCGGCCACCCUGCUCCUCCUCUCCGCCAUCUUCCUGGCCGCGACCGUGCUCGAGGCCAAGCGAGAAGGCGCCACCAUGCUGUGGAAGACGAAUUCUUUGGCCCAUUUCUAUCACCCGCUCCCUGACGACGGCACCCACAAGCUGCGCGACGCCUACAGCGCCAAACAUGCCGAGAAGAUUGCGAGAGACAUGCGGGUCAGAUGGGAGGAGACGGAGCACGGAGGCAGGUUUGUGGUCCUGUGA